AUGAAGCUCCUGAUCGUAGCGAUUGCAGCCGUCCUCCUCGUCUCUGCUGCUCUUCCGACUAUGGCCGCUUGUGCAGGAGAGUCGAGGACGGUGCGAAUCACAGACACAUGCUCCGACUUGAUUUUAGAUUUGUACAAGAAGCGGGCUCAACUGUUUGAGCAGCUUAACGGGUACAAGUGCGUUGAGCCCCUCAAGGUUGGCUCCACCUUGUGCUUGCCAAAAUAA